AGAGACCAGGGCAGCGAUCGUUGCCAGGGCAACGCCCUCGGAUUUGUGGCUCCUACUCAGCUGCAGGGAGGAAACUGAGCUGCAAAAUUCAGACCAGGUUCUGAGCCCUUAGUAAAAAGUAAUGACUGUAACAAGCUGAAUUUUGAAUAUUGUCAAUUGUAGACUUAUUUAGGACCCUUAUGCGCUCACAUUUGUAAACAGGUUUUAUUUAGCCGGAUGGCUAAUUGUAAGAUACAAGCAUGCCUGAUGUGUGCAGACACAAUCAGUAAUGACAAAGAAGUUUUCCAGCUUUGAAAUGUUUUUUUUUCCCCAGGUGGUCUGACCCAGUGUAAAUUCUCAAAUAUCCACAUAAUGAGGAUGCAGUAGUAGGAAGAAAAACUAGAAAGUUCUAGUGAAGUUAGCUGUUUUGAGGUUUAAAACAAAACAAAACAAAAACUACCUGUGCCCUGAAUGUUCUUUGAAAGAACCGAGAAAAGGUUCACCAGGGAGAUGUCCGAGAGCAAAAGGGAGGAAGACCGCAGGAGGACCGCGUCAGUAAGUAAAGAAAGCAAAGAAACUUCCCAUAAGCGACAAAAUAAAGAUGGAUCCUGGGACUCGUCACAAGUAAUGAAGAAGCCAAAGCAGAACCAACUUUCCGUGGUAACUGACUCCGAAGUGGCUUUGGUCAACGCCUACCUUGAACAAAGACGAGGUAGGCGCCAUUCCCAGUUCCACCGCGUGAAUCAGAUCCAGCAGGACAGUGAUACCACCGAGUGUGACAGUGAGGAAUCUAAUUCUGGAGUGUCCUCAUGGAAGGAGAGCGAAAGUGAACACCACCCGUCGCCCGCCACCAUCAAGAGGAGAAAGUCAGUGUCGAGGCCAAGGGAUCUGGAAAGUUACCAAAUCAGAGAGAGGCCUUGCCUCCACUGCAAAGCCAUGAGAACCAAUGAAUGGCUGACCCGCCACUUCCCACCUAGCACUUCAGUAAUGUCUCCCAUGAAGGGAGAGAUUCAAGAGGAGAAUUUGACACCUGGCAUCAACACAAAAUUAAGUAAAUUCUGAAUCUUGGCAUCCUUGCCUUACUUGAAGUCAAAAGAAGGAGAUGAAUAAAACAUGAAAACCAGAGUUGUAGGUGAGGAGACGUUUACAAUAAAGCCUCUUUGCUCACAACGAAAGUAUAAUUGGAACCCAAGAGGUCAGAUUUCAGGCAAAUUCAUUGUUCAAAACAAGGGCAGAGAAUUUGUCCAUGCCACCACAGGAACACGGAAGACUUGUGUCUUCCAUGAUCUUUUUUUUUUUAAGUCAAAGAGCCUCGGGCAGAUAGUCCAUACCCUGGGUGUAUGUGUUUUGUUUAUGUCAAUGAUACAAAUACAAAAGCUUUUUGAAAAUAUAUUUAUGUUGAGAAACCA